CACAGAACGGGAGGUUGAACGCCAGCAUAAAUAUAUAAAUAAACCCAAAGCGUCGCUUUUCUCUCCCCCCGCUUCUUACCCCCCCCAACUUCGCGCCUGCGCGGCGGGUAGCCGCCGCCACGCGCAUGCUCCCCAGGCGUCGGGGAGGGCGCUGUGCGCCUGCGCGACGAGCGCUGUGGCGGCGACUCCGGCGGCGGCGGGGCCCUGUGUGUGAGGCGACGGCGCCCGUCAGAGCCCGCCCGCCUUUCCCCUCAGGCGCAGCGGCGGAGGCGGCAGCGACGGAGACGGAGGACGCGCGGGUCCCGCCCCCUGUCAUGGCAGCCGUUCCCUCAGCCUACCUGGGGCCGCUCCGAGGACCGGCGGCGGCUGCGAGGCCCGUCGGUUAGGCCGGAGGGGGAAGGAGAGGGAGAGGAAGGAAGAGAAGGAUCUCCCUCGCCGCGGACCCGAGGAAGAAAAGACGAAGAGGAGGAGGAAGAGGAGGCCCGGGGGGAAGGGCGCCCCUGCCCGCGCCAGGCCUGUCAGUGACCCGGAGGAGGAGGGGCGGCGGCGGCGCUCCCCCCCUUUACUCUCCGCUUCCCGCCCUCCCGGGCCGCCGCCGGCCCAGCUCGGCCGUUGUUGGAUGUGGGAGAGGAUGGAGGCCAAGACGGUGGUCUACGACCUGGACACGUCGGGGGGGCUGAUGGAGCAAAUCCAGGCGCUGCUGGCGCCUCCCCGGAGCGACGACGGCGGAGGCAGCGAGAAGCGGAGCCGCCGGCCGGACCGAGGCGGGGGAGACCAUCACCACCACCACCACCACGCUCCGGCCCAUCACCACCACCAGCAGCAUCAGCACCACCACCACCAUCCUCAGUCGGCCCAGCAGCAGCAGCAGCACCACCCGCACGGCGCCCAGCAGCACCAACACCACCCGCCGCACCACCCGCACCACUCGGCGGCGGCGGCCCAGCACCAGCGGCGAAGCGGCCGCGCCACCAACCACGACAGCUGCGACAGCUGCAAGGAAGGCGGCGACCUGCUCUGCUGCGACCACUGCCCCGCCGCCUUCCAUCUCCAGUGCUGUAAUCCUCCAUUGAGCGAGGAGAUGCUGCCUCCAGGGGAGUGGAUGUGCCACCGCUGUACUGUGCGCCGAAAGAAGAGAGAGCAGAAGAAGGAGCUGGGACACGUGAACGGCUUGGUGGACAAGUCUGGGAAAAGGACCACGUCCCCCACCAGCGACACAGACUUCUUGGACCGGGCAAGUGGCGGCGUCCUCCGGACUCUUUCCCACACUCGGCUCUUGGAGCGGAGAGCGAGCCGGCCCGGCACACCUACGUCCAACGCCAGCACCGAAACCCCCAACUCGGAGCAGAACGACGUGGACGAGGACAUCAUCGACGUGGACGAUGACUCGGCCCCCGCAGCGGAGGCAGACGGCGGGCAGCCCCACCUGAAGCGGCCCUUUGAGCUGCUCAUUGCUGCAGCCAUGGAAAGGAACCCGACCCAGUUCCAGCUGCCCAACGAGCUGACCUGCACCACUGCACUCCCAGGUACAAGUAAGAGGCGGAGGAAGGAGGAAACAACUGGGAAGAAUGUCAAGAAAGCCCAGCACGAGCUGGACCACAAUGGGCUGGUCCCCCUGCCGGUGAAAGUCUGCUUCGCGUGCAGCAGGAGUUGCCGUGUAGCCCCUCUCAUCCAGUGUGAUUACUGCCCGCUCCUCUUCCACAUGGAUUGCCUGGAGCCGCCUCUCACAGCAAUGCCCCUGGGCAGGUGGAUGUGUCCAAAUCACAUCGAGCACGUGGUGCUGAACCAGAAGAACAUGACCCUGAGCAACCGGUGCCGAGUGUUUGACCGCUUCCAGGACACCAUCUCGCAGCACGUGGUUAAGGUGGACUUUCUGAACCGAAUCCACAAGAAACACCCGCCCAACCGCCGUGUGGUGCAGUCUAUGAAAAGAAAGGGGCUCAAGGUUCCUGAUGCCAUCAAGUCCCAGUAUUGGGCCCCACCCGCACUGCUGGUGCCUGCAGCAAUCAGAGACGGGGAGCUCAUCUGCAACGGGGUCCCCGAGGAGCCCUCGCACAAGCACCUUUGCAACUCGGAGCACUUAGCCACCCAGUCAGAGCAGCAAGAGUGGUUGUGCAGCGUCGUCGCCUUGCAGUGCAGCAUCUUGAAACACUUAUCUGCUAAGCAGAUGCCUUCGCUUUGGGACUCUGAGCAGGCAGAAAAGGCAGACGUCAAGCCAGCAAUCGUGACCGACGGCUCCCUCGCCGGUCCUUACCAGGCCGCCGACAAGGCGAGCGUCCCUUCCAUCUACUCUGCGCCCUGCCCCCCCGGGAUCGCCACCCAGAACUCCUUGGGGUCCCCGCAGGAGGAUGCCCACUACCCCUCGUGUACGGACAGGCCCAAGAAAGCGUCCCCUUGUGGGACGUCCAACGGUCCCAACGCCACUGCGGAGGUGAAAAUUAACGGCCCGCACUUGUACAGCGAUGUCUCCGCACGCUUGACUGACUCUCCAAGGCUAAGUGGGCAGGGUGGUACUAUGCCGGUGUUGUCUCAGCGGCAGCAGCCCUGGCCUAGGCCCACCACUCCCCCGGUAGCGUGUGGGCUCCUCAAUCACACAGUCGGUGCGGUUGUCAAAACAGAGAACGCGGCAGGGCCCAUUUCGUGCACACGCAGGGGCUCCGUGCCGAUUGCAGGCAUGCCAGCUUCCAUCCCGAGCUCUUGCGCCAGCCUGGAAGCGGCUAGCACUCUGCAGAGGAAGAACGCGCAGACGCAGAUUGGGGACCUGGGGGCCGUGGAUUCUCCUCUGACUGCCACUCGGGCGCUCACUCCUCCCCAGGCGGCUGUGGGCGAUGGGGUCUCGGCCGUCGGAGCCGCUCAUGGCUUCUGCUCACCAGCCCCGCCUCCAGAUGGUAAGGUCAGCCCGAGCACCUUGUCCAUCGGAAGCGCUUUAACAGCCCCCUCGUUGCUCCCUUCCAACUCCUCCGCCACGCUGGACCUCGCCAGUUCUCUGAAGGCACUAAUGGACGGCAGCGGAGCAGAGAUUGAGAUCAACAUGCUGGAUGAGAAGCUGGUCAAGUUCCUGGCCCUGCAGAGAAUACAUCAGCUCUUUGCUUCCAAAGUCCAGCCUUUUGCGGGCAGCGUUGGUUCCCACCAGCCCAUCCCUGUGGGCAAUCAUGCUGAAGGGCAGAGGAAGGAGGUGCAAGCCCGGGCCGUCUUCUACCCUCUGCUGGGGAUGGGCAGUGCUGUGAACAUGUGCUACAGGACCCUCUACAUUGGGACAGGGGCCGACAUGGAUGUGUGCCUUACAAACUACGGUCGCUGCAACUAUGUGUCAGGCAAACAUGCCUGCAUCUUCUACGAUGAGAACACCAAGCAUUACGAGCUGCUCAACUACAGCGAGCAUGGCACGACGGUGGACAACGUCUUGUAUUCGUGUGACUUCUCUGAGAAGACGGCCCUCAUUCCUCCCAGCAGCAUGGUUGCCAAAGUACAGAGCGUGAUCAAGCGCCACAAGAGCCGAAAGCAGCAGCAGGAGGAAGAGCCGCUGCCGCCACCGCCGCCGCCACCAAGCGAAGAAGCCGCCGCGGUGAUGAGGGCCCAGGCACAAGGCCAAGCCCCAAAGCCGUGCAAUUGCAAAGCCAGCAGUUCCAGCUUGAUUGGGGGCAGCGGGGCCGGCUGGGAGGGGACAGCUUUGCUGCACCACGGCAGCUACAUCAAACUCGGCUGCCUGCAGUUCGUCUUCAGCAUUACGGAGUUUGCGACCAAACAGCCCAAGGGGAAUGUUUCUGCCUUAGUACAAGACGCGGACUUGGAAGAGAAGGUGUCCCCCAAGGCCCACCAGGUUCCUGUGCUGCGCUCCAAUUCGGUACCCUAGGAGGCGAGGGAGGGUGUGUGUGGAAAAAGCCUCCCUCCAGAGAUCAAGACACACACACACACGUUUGACGUACACAAACCAUGUCUGUCUGGAUUUUAUCCCCCCCCCCAAGCGUGGGCCACAGACUGUUGAUACCCUUUGCAUGAAAUGAAGAACUUUAAUUUUUUUAUUGUUAUUAUUGUUUGCUCAAGUUUUUAGGAGCAUUUGCACAUAUAUUUGUACUAUACAUUUCAUUUAAAAAGAGAAAAGGAAACUGCCGCGUGUGGAGGCCGUGCUGGGCGGCGCCAGUGAGAGGGGCCGGGGGUGUCGAUGUAGCCUAGGCAAGCGCUCGCUCCCCAUUGCAGUUGUAAAAUAAUCAAAAACUUGCUCUAUUUUGUGCCAGUGACAAUAGUUUUUAUAUUAAAAAAAGAGAGAAAUACAGUUUUCAUACAGCAAAAUCUAUACAAUUAUCAUUGUUUUAUUUAAUGUAAAGAUGCCCUACCCUCCUCCUGCCAGGUUUUAUUUUCUGCCCUGCACCCCCAACCUCCUGUGCCCCCCUUCUCCCCCUCCCUGCUGCAGUUGCACUCCUGUGUAUUGUGGGCAGGGAGGACCGAGUUCUGGCGUCCAUCCUGUUUUUCAGAUAAUGAGAAGUAUUUGGGGUUCUGUGUAAAUACAUCAACUGACAGCAUUUUUUUCCCGUGUUUUUUAAGCUGUGUACAGUGCUACAUGUGGUAUGGCGUUUCCUCCGGUUGUCUUUACUGUAGCAAGCGUUUCUUUGUCGUAACCCUGCUUUUCCUCCUUUUGUUCCGGCACCUAACCCCUCCCUCCCCCCCCCCAGCCUAUUCCUGCAGCAGCUAAGUUCUGGUGUACAGAAGUGAUUGCAAUGUUUUAGGCUUUACAGAAACUCCCCUCCCCCUGUAUUCUGUAUAUAAAACAAACAAAAUAUGGCAUUCGUUGGUGUCUGCCUGUCUCUCAAGACUCUGGAAACUCCCUGCCUUGCAGAAAAAGUGUUCCGUCAGCUUGGGGGUCCUUGGAGGCGGAUGCCCCCCUCCGAGGUCGCCAGGCGGCCCUCCUUUGCGCCUGCAUUCAGACAGAAGCCAACCGCUUCUCCUUCACCAUGUGAAGAUUUGGCCAGAAAUGGCCUCUGGGGACUGCCCCCCCCUUCUGGGUUGUGCACAGGGUGCCACCUUAGGCUGCCCCCUCCUUCCUUCCUUCCUCUCCCCGCCCCCUCCACACAACAGGGUAUACUUGUAGGGCCUUGUGGAGAAGGAACAGCAACUCUGCUCCUAGAGGCCACCUGGGGCUGGGGGGAGACCAUUCCCUCCCAUUGGCCUCAACUCACGCCAUCCUGGAGGUGAGAUCUGCUGAGUUCUUGAUGUUUUUAAUGCUCUUGUUUUUGAUCUGGAAAUUCUUAACUUUUUUUUUGUACAAAAGCUGAAAGAUUUCAUGACUGUUCCAAUGGCAUUAAGUCUGUAUUAAUAAACUCACAUACUACUAUUUAAAAAGCA